GACGAGAGAGAAAAAAAAGACAAAAAAAGGUGUGUGUGUGUGCACGCAGUGCGCGUGUGUGUGUGUGACAGACUGUGAGACGGUGUGAUGGUUUUUCUUGCCGUAAUACUUGUACAGACAAGAGAGUUUGAAGCAUUUCUUUUGUAGGACUCGUAGGGAAUGGCAGACUGUAUGGUUACUCUGGAAACAUCAAUUUAAUGAGAAUGUCUGAGAGCUGCCACUGUCUCAUUUUUAGACUGUUAGACUGGAAGCCGGUAAAACAGCUCUUUACAUGUCCAGAGCAGACCCUCUCAUGGAGAAACAGGUAAUCUGCUGCACCUUGGUAAACUGCAACUGUGAGUGUUUCAAGCCAGGAAAACUCAAACGGAGGCAAUGUGAACAGUGCAGACACGGAUGGGUAGCACAUGCCUUAAGCAAGCUGAAGGUCCAUCACAUAUACCAAGGCAGCCAGGUGGAGAUCGUUCACUCCAAUGUGGUCUUCGAUAUCUGUAGCCUAAUGCUGUAUGGGACCCAGGCAAUUCCAGUCCGGCUGAAGAUCCUGCUGGACCGCCUCUUCAGUGUUCUCAAGCAGGAAGAGGUCAUCCAGAUCUUAAAUGCACUGGACUGGACGUUACAGGACUACAUCCGAGGAUAUGUUCUUCAGGAUGCAACUGGAAAAGUGCUGGACCGCUGGGCCAUCAUGACCUAUGAAGAAGAGGUAGCGACUCUGCAGCAGUUCCUGCGCUUUGGCGAGACCAAGUCCAUAGUGGAGCUUAUGGCCAUCCAGGAUAAGGAAGGACAGGCAGUCAUUGUGCCCAGCACCAGAACUAAUUCUGACAUUCGGACAUUCAUAGAGAACAGCACACAGCGAAGCCCUGGCCUUCCCCCUAAAGUGGAAAAAGCCAGUGCUAGCAACGUUCACCACUUUGAAAGCUUCAUCAAUAACAUGGCCUUCAUGCUGCCAUUCCAGUUCCUCAGCUCAGUCCCCGCGCCUCUCAUCGGCUCGUCGCCAGCUACCUUUCAGCUCGAGCACAGCCAGGGGAAAGAGCCGAAAGGCCGACCGGAAGACCUGGAUCCCACCACCGAGAGCAGCUUCCUCGGCUCCGGCUCCGCCUCCUUCGCCUCAGACUGCGAAAGGCACGGCAACCCCCAGGAAGUUUCCGCGAAAGUCGAGGCUGGCGAGGACUUUCCCGCCAGCGACAGUUUCUCCGACACCCCUUCGACUCCCUGCAACGCCUCCCUGAGCUCCGACGUGUCCCAGCUGUCGCCGGAGAACAAGCUGCGGUCGCUGGAGAAGGCCGCCAGCAGCUCGAAGAAGGGCCGCGUUUUCUGCAGCGCCUGUGAAAAGACCUUCUACGACAAAGGCACGCUCAAGAUCCACUACAACGCCGUGCACCUGAAGAUCAAGCACAGGUGCACCAUAGAGGGCUGCAACAUGGUCUUCAGUUCCUUAAGGAGCCGCAACCGCCACAGUGCCAACCCCAACCCCAGGCUGCACAUGCCUAUGAACAGAAAUAACAGAGACAAGGACUUAAGAAAUAACCUUACAACCGCUGAAACGCCAGAAACCGAAAAACGAUCUGAAUUCGGUGCCAUCACAACCACUGACACCCGGUCUGUUUCCAGCUAUAUUAUCCCCAGCACAGACUCAAAGCUGCAGAACAACUUCCCGAAUAUUGGGCAAAGUGGCAUACUGUUUCCCAACCUGAAGACUGUGCAGCCGGUUCUCCCCUUUUAUCGUAGUCUAGUCACACCCGCAGAGCUUGCUAACACCCCAGGUACUUUGCCUUCCUUGCCUCUGAUUUCUUCGUCUGUUCCUGUGCAGCCCCCAGCAACAGAGCCUUCCUCUGAGCCAAUACCAAAGAAGAAAUCCCGCAAGUCUAGCAUGCCUAUUAAAAUAGAGAAAGAAGCCAUCGAGACUGUGGGCGAGCUCAGCGAGGGCAGUGGCUCUGAUGAUGAGAUUCCCCUGCAGAUGAGAGACAAAGAUGAAUCUGAGAGUGGCAGCACCACAUGUGAAAAACAAGCACCUGUUAAUAGAGAGGACAGUGGAGUCAUUCAGGCCGCUGACAGAGAGAAUUCCGCAGCCUCCGUGCACGGGCAGCUAGACACAAAUUCGAAUGUAGUCGAGCCCACAGGUGAAGAGCUAGAAGGUGGAUUAAAGAGCUUGGAAAAGGGAGCUAGGGGCACACAGGAAGGACCUGUGAUUGCAUGCGCAUCCCCCUUUGACAGUAAGCAAAGAGAGCAUUACAAUCUCAUCAGAACAUUGCCCGUACCUGAAUUAGAAAACUGCUCCGACAAGCAGUCAGGAAACAUGCUUUGCGAUGGUGAAUUUGUCAGCGAACACAGGACGCAAAACGGGGGGUUGUUUCAGUUUUUAACGAACAGUAAGGACGCACCAGCUUCAGGCACUGAUGACUCCAGCAGUGCCAUCCCUACCAUGAACCCUCAUGUGGUUUGCCUAGACAAAGACAUGCCCCAUCACUGUGAGAUCUGCAAUAAAACGUUCAAAAACCCGUACAGUGUCAAAAUGCAUUAUCGAAAUGUGCACCUGAAAGAAAUGCACAUGUGCACAGUUGAUGGCUGCAACGCAGCCUUUCCGUCUAGAAGAAGCAGAGACAGGCACAGCGCAAACCUGAAUCUGCACCACAAGCUGUUGACCAAAGAUCACUAUGGAAGUUCAAGCACAAUCUUCUCCCCCUCCUCUCUCUGCCGAGACAUAACUAAAGAUUUCCGCCAGGAUUUCCCCUUAAAGGAGCACAUGGGGCAGACCUCUGUGAUCUUCAAAGGAAACAACCGAAUGGGUCUAGUUUUCCCCAUGAGUAAGAUGCUAGAGACCAAUCUGGACCCCCCCAAAGAGAGUGGCGCAGAAGAGGAGGCUGUCCUGGAUCUGAGCACCGCGUCGGUCAUCAAGGCGGGGAGCAACACGCACCCCUCGUGGGAUUCUGACGGGGGGAGCGAGGAAGGCAUUCCCAUGGACGACAGCGACGAGAGCUGUGACGGCACGAGUCUGGCAGCCAGCGAGGGACUCCAGCAGAGGUGGCCUUUGACUGACAAAUCCAGCGACUGCCUGACGCAGCACCUGCCAGGAGGCUCGCCCAUAACUUGCCACUUAUGUCAGAAGGUGUACAGCAACAAAGGGACGUUCAGGGCUCAUUACAAAACCGUGCACCUCCGACUGCUGCACAAAUGCAAGGUGCCAGGGUGCAACACAAUGUUCUCAUCUGUGCGAAGUCGAAACAGACACAGCCAGAACCCGAAUUUGCACAGGAACCUGAGCACUAAUACGUUGAAUGAGCAGGAGUAGGCACAGAGAAUUGUCCAUUCAUUGCUAUUCAUAAGGACUGUUUCUCUUAAUUUUCACCCAAACGGCUUGAUAUACAGCACUCAGUUCUAGCUUUAUGCUCUUUUUAAAUUCUACAUCUAAAGAAGUGUUAAUUUGAUGAGAGGGUUAUUGCAUGCAUCUAUUGUGAGUAAAAAGUCUAUAUUCCUGAAACAAUGAUCCGCUCCUCUGUGGCAAAAAUGUUUGAAAUGAAUUGCCCUCAGUCCAAGGUGACUAUAUUCUUGAUUGAUGUUAGCAGCCAUGUUUUCUACAAUCACUUCUACAUUUUCACCAUGAAAAUGUUCUCUGGUUUGGCUGGACUUUCAGAUAAACACUCACAAUACAAUUCACUAAAUCAAACAGCAAUAGUUUUGAUGUAUUACAAUGAAAUAUAAUGAGUGGGAAAUGGGUGGAAAAUGCUUAGAUAUAAAAUCUUUAUAAUUGAAAAUGCACUUUGUUAAACAUGAUAUAUGUAAGAUUCUACCCAUUUUAAGUAAACGAGAAGCAUAUGUUUAAAAUGCGUUGUAUGAACCAAUUUACACUGUAAAUACAUAAAUGGUAGAAGACAUAAAUCACUUUUGGCCACAUGCUGUAAUUUAGAUAUUCUGAUGGUAAAAUGAUUUAAAAUUCAUACAGAGCUAAAGAUGAGUAGAUAGUGAAUAUAUUAUAGAAAUACCUCAAAUCUGAUUAAUUGGGUAUUGCCCAAAACAUGACGUUUCUUUUAUGAUAUAUGUUGUUAUAACAGUAAUCAACAUCAGUGUGUGAUUUUAUUUUUCCAAAUUGAAAUACAACUUAUUUCAGAAUCCAAUCAAACAGCUUGACGCUCCUAGUCUGUCUCCAUUGUUGCUUUCUAUGCACUUAUUUAAAUAUUAAGACAUCACUUGCCUUAUUCCUCAUAAAGAACAAAUUCCAAUCAAAAUGAUAUGUCUUUUUUUGGACGUAGAAGGUGUGAAAUAUUUUCAUCCUAUCUGUAUUACAUUUCAAUUAUAAGUUGUGCCAAGCAGAAUAGUUUGUGUUUUUGUUAGUGCUGACUGUAUCUAAUGUCCAUUUUGUGACCUAGGUUUUGUUUUUCAUUUUUAAUAUGUGCAGCAAAAACAGCUGUGAAUUUUAGGUUUUGUGGCAUUCCGAUUCUAGAAAUGUUAGUAGAUAAUUGUAAAAGUGUAGUGAACUUGCUGAGUAAAUUAUUGUUCGAUAUUGUCUGUAUUCAUGUUUUGUUUUAUGUUUUUGUUUGGAAGGCUAAGGUUGACCAAAGAUUUAUCUCUCAUGAGAUAUGUAAAAAGCUCUUAACAUGAAGUGAGCAGUAUUAAGCAGCCCGUUUAGACAAUUUAAAAUGUUUUCAGUCUGUUUAAAAAUGCAUCAAAGGAGAUAUUAAAAAUUAAUUGUUUGGGCUCUAUUCAGGAAGAUAUAAUCUGUAAGUUAUUUAAAGAAUGAUGUAGAUUUCUUCAGAUCCUGUUAUAUAAGUAAAGCAGAGUUUGAAAUUAUUUAGACAACUGUACACUGGCACUGAUUCUUUCAAGGACUAGAGCAUAAUGGAAAUGGAUCCCCUUUCUCAUGAUCGUUGCAGAGAUAUUAAUCGUUUUAGUGUAAGUUGUAAACACAUUAAAGAGUGAGUUAUGUAACACUGUAAAUGCAUCUGGAGUGAGAAUCUUUCUGAUUGUGCUUUAAGCAUUGUACUGUAAAUGUUUUGAAGACAUGAAACUGUGAUGAUCGCUGUCUUACACUGAGAAAACAUUCCUUAAGGAACUCUUAACACUAAAGCUUUGUGAACAGAGCUCAAAGUCAACAUGUGGUUACAAAGGACUCGUGUCCCAGUCGAGAACUGGAACUGAAAUCUGUCGAAUUGUAUAUUUUGUGAAUAGGGAAACAUGCAUACUUCUCUCAAAGAAACCAAAAACAAUCUUAUACUGUAUCAAAAGUACUUUAUAUUGGAUGUAUUAUUGUCUACUUCUGUCAUGGUAAAGAAUUUAUGGUGUUAAAGAUGGCCAAAUAUUUCUCACAUCAAUUGUUUAUCGUGCCUCGGUUAUCUAUGUUUUGCAGUAUGUUAAAAGAGCACUGUGUUAUUCCACAUUUUAUCAAGAUGGACUGGAACAGAUCUCCAAUACUUGGUCAAGUUGUGAAGUUUGGUCAAUCCAUUGUCACACAUUCUUUCCUAAUUGUUGUAACAGUAUUCAUUCCUGCUAAGUUAAAAGCCAUAUUUGUUUGCAUGCUUUUGUUUUGUUUAAAUAUCUGUUAUUCCUCUUUAUUACAAAAAAGUUGUUUUAUACAAUGUGCAGAGGCAAAUUGAUUUAUACCAGAAAAAUCACAACAACUAAAGAAAUGGCUGUAAUUAAAGUGUUUAAUAAAAAAAAUGAUCUUGC